AUGGUCCUUCGUUUUGUGCGCAAACCGCGUGGCGGUUGUUUGAAGCUGCUCUACUUGUCGGGUUUCGCUUGUGUAUUCUUCUUUCUAUCUAGCCAAUUGAAGAAUUCACAAUCAUUUGCCAAAGCAAUCGUAGCUCCAUUUGAAAAAGAUCGAGGUGUGCAUCCUUUACCGGAAGAAUCGAAAGAGUACGGGAACCACGAACAUCCUGGUGGUGCUCAGAAAGAACAGCCUCCUCUCCCAAUAAUCAAGAAUGAAGAUGGGGACGGCGUCGAUCCUGAUCGAGUUGAUGGACCUGAUGCAUUGGCAUACAAAGCUGAUCAGGAACAAGAACAAAUACCAGUUGUCCACGCAGUUGCCCCGAAUGAUGUUUUCGGAAAGCAACCUCAAAAUAGUGCACGGGCAGAUUUAGACGACACAUCUUAUCCUCAUAUUAAUGGGAACGGAAAAUUCAUUCCUCAUCGGCGCAUAAUUCAUUUGGAUUUGAAAGGAGGUGCUUUCAAGCCGGAGUUCCUUGCGGAGUUGUUUUAUUUCUUCAGUCGCAUAAAGGCUACCGGAGUACUGAUCGAAUGGGAGGAUAUGUUUCCGUACACAGGGAAUCUGUCAGACACAGUCAACGGAAAUGCAUACUCUAUGGAGAAUGUUGAGUACAUAUUGAAGGAAGCAAAACGCCAGCAUCUCGAAGUCAUUCCUUUAGUCCAAACUUUCGGUCAUCUUGAAUGGGUUCUAAAGCUUGAGAAAUUCGCUCAUUUAAGAGAGGACAGCAGAUUUCCUCAAGUCAUUUGUUUUCCGGAACCAGAAGCAUGGAAGCUUAUAACGGAUAUGAUUGAUCAAGUUGCUGCUGUGCACAAGAAAUACGGAAUGCCUUUCUUUCAUAUGGGAGGUGAUGAAGCUUUCCAGGUAGGUGUUUGCAACGCCAGUAUAAUGGAAAUGGGACGACAGGGUUCUAGAGAUCGGUUGAUGCUUUGGCACAUUUCCAGAACAGCAAAGUACAUUAAAACCGUGUACUCGACAACUGUUUUGGCGUGGCAUGAUAUGUUUGGACAUGCUAUGGAGUUUGAUUUGGCUGCUUACCAUAUGACAGAAGUCUUGGAACCUGUUCUUUGGAGUUAUGCUGAAGAUUUGGAUCUAUACUUACCGAAAACAACAUGGCUGAGCCUGAAGCCAUUCCGGCGUGUGUGGGGAAGUUCGGCUUGGAAGGGCGCAGAUGGACCAGCUCGUUUCAACUCCAAUCCUAUACAUUAUAUCCGGAAUCACGAGGCUUGGAUUGAACAAAUGACUAGAAAUUACAACGAAUUUGAUGUGCUACAGGGUAUCAUACUGGCCGGAUGGUCACGUUACGAUCACUUUGCUAUUUUAUGUGAAUUAGCUCCUGUGGCUUUGCCAACUCUGGCCAUGUCCAUGGAAACUAUAUUGGAAGGAAGACCUCUGCAAGGUAAUUACCCCAUUUCUCGAGACGCUCUUCAGUGCACUCCAUCAACUAACAUGGGAGUGAUUUAUGGAUGCACCUUCCCCGGACACAAGGCUUAUGAACUUAUAAACGAGUAUUGGCAAAGAAGAAAACAGUUACAACAGUAUCGAGAAGAUGACUUCGAGCUGAAUGGUUGGCUUUCAAGAGUGGCUGAAGUAUAUUCAAGCAGUAGCCAGUGGUACAUAGAUAAAAUCGAACCGCUUCUCGACUAUCACGCGAAGCCCAUUCUUCGAUUAGAGAAGGAACUGCGGAACGAGCUCGCGCGCAUUUACUACCAGGAAACGAUUGAUGAGUUCAUUUUCACGUACAUGGCAGAAGACAUCGAAAGUUCCAUUAAGGUCCAUAAUUGCGGUGGAUUCUUGAAGUCCAUGACUUUCGACAAUCAACAUCAGUUAUCGGCCUUAGAUCAACAUGUUGCACCAGGAUUACGAUUAUGGAUGUUGAUCGCUCUUGUCUCUGGUGUGCUUCUAAUCAUGGUUGUUCUGGUGUGUUGUUUUAUGCGAAUAAGGAUACCACGGACAAAGCGCCAAAUCGACCUGAUCGCUGCGAAACGAAAGAUGAGGAAUAAAAGCGCCAAAGCAGUUCAUGCGGAUGAACGCACUCAAGCCAUAGUCAUGAACUCAAUGCGACCAAAGUCUAGUUCGAGUGCAAACCCAAUGAUUUCAGAGCAACUAGUGGUUGAUCAACCACAUAGUGUACAUAAAGGCUCCAGACAACAUACUGAAGUAUAA